CGACGACGAGGGUCUCUUCGACAUGGAAGACUAGGUAUCAACCGAGAACUCUCCAGCUGGGCCGCUAAGGACUAAACAUGAUGUCACUUCCAUCAUACUUGCCCCAUUACUUCUCUCUCCUCUACAAUCAUGUCCAUUUUCAAUGCCACCUCCAAUGCGACUGAAGUUGUCACCGCGUUCGCUGACGAAAUACGCGGAAAGAAUGUCCUCAUCACUGGAACCUCUCCGAACGGCCUCGGCUACGAGACCGCGAGAGCGAUCGCGCAAUACGCCAAUCUCGUUAUCGUAACAGGAUACGAUCGGAAACGACUGGAGGACACAAAGCAACUACUUUUGGUUGAAGUACCGAACGCACAAGUCCGGACCCUCUCCUUGAAUCUUGUGUCUAUGGAUGCUGUGCGAGCGGCUGCUGCCGAGGUUCUCAUCAACAAUGCGGCAUCCUCGAUCUGUGCCUUCCAGCUCACUGCAGAUGGUUUUGAGCGCCAGAUCGCAACAGACCAUCUCGGUCCAUUUCUGUUCACAUCCCUGAUUCUUCCGAGGAUCCUCGCUGCGGGCUCCGAGAGCUAUACGCCCCGGAUAGUUUUCGUGGCCAGUGGAGCCCAUGCAUGGUGUGAUGGGGUCGAUUUGGCUCAGAUUGAACACCCCGACGAGAGCAAAUACGAACCUAUGCGCGCAUAUGCCCAAGCCAAGUCCGCCAAUAUACUCACGGCAAGUGAACUUGCACGCCGGUUCAAAGGCCAAAUCAAUGCAUACAGUCUCACCCCAGGAGGUGGGCUCGUGGUGCUUCCCAUCAAAGCCCUCGCUGACUUCAGAUGUAGCUGUUAUGACGAACUUUGUCUCCAGUCCGGAAGCAAGGAGCGAGUUAUUGAAACACGGGAUCAUCACCGACGAUGGUCAACCGAAUUUGAAUUCGAAUCUGAAGUGGAAAACGUUGGCGCAGGGAGCAUCUACAUAAAUCUGGCUGUUAUCUCCGAGAUUGUCUUGAAGAAGAAACGAGCGUCAAGGAUCACAGCAAAGAUCCGGCAACGGCUCAAGCUCUGUGGACUCUCAGUGAACGUCUCGUCGGAAACUCUUUCUCGUAGAGUGAUUAAUUACGCGGUCAAACUCGUAUGGGCUUACAUGCUGCUGGGCCAAUUAGUCGCCAUUUCCGUCGCGUCCAAUUUGUUCUACUUGGCUCUCGUGCUCUCUCCGCCAGUGUCUGGAAGUCGUACCAACGCGAAGGCCUCGCCUGUACUUUUCGCCUGUGUCUCUAUGGCACUCGGAGCGGUGUACCUCAGUCCUUGGACGGAUGGGACGACCUUCCUCCCCAAUCUACUCGUAAUGCACGGUGUCAUUAUGAUUCCUUUGCUGCUGCCUGCGAAGUUCGUCAAGAAUUCCGAGAGGUCUGUGCUGUCUGUCCCGCUUCCCAUGAUGCACAUUCUCGUUUUUGCAAUCGCACUCGCCCUGCACACGCGUUCGACGGCGACUGCUCUUGGAGAUCCCCCCAUGUCGGUCCUUGAUUUCGUCAACAAAGCGUGGUCCACGCUCCAUUCCCACCCGGCGCAAGCCUCCAUCGGCUGGGACAUUAUUUGGACCAGCAUAUCGUUCGUGGUGUGGAUUGUGAUGUUGCCGCAAGAGCAAGCUGGACAGCGCAUCGCAGUCGCCCUAUUUUUGUUGCUGGCUACGCCGCUGGUCUCCGUGGGAGUGCUCGCCCCACACAUCCUCAGGCCGUCAGAAGAGGAAGUUGAGGAGAAGAAAAAUGUUUAG